AUGAAAACGUUAAUUUUAUUUUUAAAAAUUACUACAUUCCUUCUUUUAAUUUGGAUGUAUCAAUUUUUUUAUAACUGUGAUUCCUAUAAAACAUUAAUUGAUAAAUAUAUAUUACAAACAAAAAAUGAGUUAAAAUAUGAAAGAAUAUUAGCAGAGGGUAACACAGAAGGAAAAGAGCAAACAAAAGCUGAAGAAUGCCUAGAAAAAUUUCCAUUAGAUAAUAAAGAAAACAAAUGUGAAGAUCCGGUUCAAUACGAGAAUCCGUAUGAUUAUUGGCAUAAUGUUAUUAAUCCACAAUUGUGGGAGGAAUUUAAUCAAGAAACAAGUGGAAUGGAUCCUAAAGUGAAAGAAAAAAAAUGGAAUGUUAAAUGGAAAAAAAUUUCAGAUAAGAAAGCUAACGAACUAUCUUCAAUAUUUCAUCGAAGUGAUAUUUCAGAAGAAGAAAAAGGAAAAUUAAUUGAUAGUGUUAAGAAAGAACUCCACAUAGAAUUUGUGAAAUUUUUAUGCGAAUGUAAGAAUGAGAUGAGGCGCAAAAAAAGAGAAUCCGAAUCUAGGAAAGAGAUGAAAGACAAUAAAAUAGUAUCCGAAUCUACAAAAGAGAUGAAAGACAAUAAAACAGUAUCCGAAUCUACCAAAGAGAUGAGAGACAAUAAAAUAGAAUCCGAAUAUAAUAAAGAGCUGAGAGAUAAUAAAACAGAAUCCGAAUCUAAUAAAGAGAUGACAGACAAUAAAACAGAAUCCGAAUCUAUGAAAGAGAUAACAGAAAAUGAAGCAGAAUCCAAAUCUAAGAAAGAACAGAGAAAAAAUAAAAUAAAUAUUAAGAAUUUUGAUUUUAUGAAACAUUUAAUUUUUCAUAAGAUUAAUAAAAUUUACGAUAAUAAAAAUUAA